AUGUGCAUAAGGUGGCCAACAAUUGCAUUAGUGGCUCUUACAUAUCCUACCGGGACUGACAACCUCCCGAGGAGAGUAAGAAAGAAAGAAAACAGACAACCCAAGGGAGGAGUCGCGCAAAAUUCUUUUUCGCGCACCUGCCACUGCGACACACCGCAUAAAGCGCCGGCAGCCACGUCGCCCGCCGCAUCCAGUUCCGCCAGCGCCGGCGCCGAGGCCUUGGAGGCGGCGCGGCCCGGCCUCAGCUCGCGUCACGCCGCUGUGGCGGAACUGCUGCUCGAGUGCGGCCAGGCUCAUCUCUUUGUCUCCUGGCCACCCGCCGGCGAGGCCGAGCCGGACAAGGCCCGGUUUCUUGAGCAGUGCCACGGGCUUGACCAGCGCUACCCCGGCGGCCUGCGUGCAUACGUCGCAAACGCGCGCCGGCUGCUCGCCGAGUCGGCAGCGGCCGUCAACCCGCUCGCUGGCUGGCGGCCGACGGUGCCGGCCGCGGAGCUGGAGACGAAGCUCUACCCGGUCGACAGCGAGUUUCGGCGGUUCGAGGAGAUCGGGCUCAGCGAGGCGGCCGGUCUCUGCUUUGUGCUUCCCGCGGGCGGGCUGGGCGAGCGGCUCGGCUUCAGCGGCAUCAAGCUCGCGCUGCCUUGCGAAAUUGCGACCGGCACUCCGCUGCUGCAGCUGUACGCGGCGCACAUCUGCGCGCUGCAGCAUCUCCUCGCCGAGCGGCUCGGGCGCGUCGUCCGCCUCCCCUUCCUCAUCAUGACGUCGGCAGACACGCACGCAAAGACGGAGCUGUUCCUCGCGUCCCACGACCACUUCGGGCUCGCGGCAGAGCAGGUGACGCUGCUGCAGCAGAGCACGGUGCCGGCGCUGGCCGACGCCGCGGGCACCUUCGUGCUCGACCCGCUCGACGCCUACUCGCUGCUCACAAAGCCGCACGGCCACGGCGACGUCCACUCCCUCCUGCACACCUCGGGCGUCGCCAGCCGCUGGCUGCGCGAGGGGCGGCGGUGGGUCUACCUGCUGCAGGACUCGUCCACAAACUACUUCGCGACGCACCUCGCCGCCCUCGGCGUCUCCGCCUCGCGCGGGCUCGGAGUCAACUUCGUCGCGAUGCCUCGCCGCGCGAGGAUGGCCCUCGGCGUGCUCUGCUCGCUCCAGCGGGAGCGCGGCGACGGCUCCCUCACCCUGCCGCUCCUGCCCGUUGAGUACAACCAGCUCGAGCCGCUGCUGGCGGCGGCGGGAGGCGGCGGCGGCGGCGGCGGCGGCGGCGGCGGAGGCGGAGGCGGCGGCGACGUCAACAGCGGCAGCGGCUACUCUGUGUACCCCGGCAACACGAACGGCAUCCUCCUCUCUCUGCCCGAGUAUGAGGCGGCGCUGCGCGGCUCCGGAGGAGCGGUGCGCGAGUUCGUCAACCCGAAGUACGCCGACGCGGAGCGGCGCUGCUUCAGGCGGCCGGCGCGGCUCGAGUGCAUGAUGCAGGAG